CGUAACUCCCGCCGAUUGCAGUUCCGUCCGCAAGAAGUGACCCCUCGGUGAACAUGCCGCAUUGCUGCUGAGAUUCUAUUUACGUGUGAAGGCCUAUCUAUCGUUCUGUUAUCCCAUAUCACAAAAGCAAAAACAGAAAUCUCAAAACUCGAAUAUCCAUUGAAGCAUCCGCAUCCACCGCCCGCCCUGCCGCCUCCCCACCACGCGACCUCAGGCGCAUCAUCCGACACACUCGAUAAGACCAGAUCACCUCCCACCUCCAACUUACCACCCACCACCUCCUACCACCACAAACAUGGCUCAGAAAGCAGCCAAAACCCUCGCGGCGCGCAACACGGCCCUCCUGCAGCGCACCCACCUGAUCAGCCUCGGCCUACACGCCCUCUACCUAGUCCUGCACUGGACAUUCAACCGCCCGCGCUCCCUAAAAGCCUACAUCCUACUCGCGGUGCCGACCCUCCUCAUCGAAUUCUACCUGGACCGACUCGGCCGGCCGCGCCACAACCCGGCCGACGGCUCGCUGCGCUCCCCGGGGGAGGACCUGGGCGCCGCCGGGCUAACGGAGUACAUGUGGGACGUGCUGUACUGGACGUGGGGCUGCAUCGGGGCCGUGUGCCUGUUCGGCGACCGCGCCUGGUGGCUGUGGGUGGUGAUCCCGCUGUACUCGGUUUGGUUGGCUUACUCCACGUUUAUGGGGAUGCGGAGCGGGUUGGCGGGGAUGGGUGGUGGUGCUGCUGCUGAUGGUAGCGCUGGUGGUGCGGCUCCGGAGAGUAAGAGGCAGAAGAAGUUGGAGAAGCGGGGUGGGCAGAGGGUGCAGUAUCGCUGAGAUGGUGGAUUGUGUGUGAGGGAUUUUGGUUGUUGCGGUUUCCUCUAAUUCAUGGACCAUUUGGCCG